UGUGUGGCGAGCUGACCUGUUGCCAGCGGUGCGGGCUCAGAUAGCUGUGAGGCUACGUGUGUCUGCUCAGAUAGAGGGAGCAAUGAACACCAGGACCUGCUGGCUGCAGAGUGAAAAGAGGACCGAGCAGCCCGACACUGUGUAAUGAGGGACUCUAAAACAAAAGGUAUGGACGAGCAGCACGUGUAGGACCGAGGCAGAGCUAUGGCUGGACCCAGGCCUGUGGUGCUCAGCGGCCCAUCCGGGGCGGGAAAGAGCACUCUGCUGAAGAAGCUAAUGCAAGAAUAUGACAGUGUGUUUGGCUUCAGCGUCUCCCAUACAACAAGAACUCCUCGACCUGGAGAACAGGAUGGCAAAGGUACAACACGUUCUUCCUCUUUUAUGACCACUGUAACAAACAUCAGUCGUAUUGCAGCUUUAUUUAUCUAUCAUCUUCUUUUUGGGGUUUCAGAUUACCAUUUCGUCACACGAGAGGCGAUGCAGGCAGGGAUCAACAACGGCGAAUUCAUUGAGAGCGCAGAGUUCUCGGGGAACAUGUACGGGACGAGUAAAGCUGCCGUGCAAGCCGUGCAGGCCAAGAACCUCAUCUGUAUACUUGACAUUGACAUGCAGGGUGUGAAGAACAUCAAGAGGACAGAUCUCAAUCCCCUCUACAUCUCCAUCCAGCCACCAUCCAUAGAUGUCCUGGAAAAUCGCUUAAGACAUAGAAAAACCGAGUCAGAAGAGAGUCUUCAGAGGCGUUUACAGAUAGCGACAGUGGACAUGGAGUUAAGUAAAGAACCUGGUAUGUUCGAUGUCCAGAUCGUCAAUGAUAAUUUGGAGGAUGCUUAUGGGCAGUUAAAACAUGCUCUUCUUGAGGAAAUUAAUGUGGUCAAGAAAGUCAACAUGUCUUCAUAGGAGACAACAGCACCCUGACUCCUUUGGGUCCCAUCCAGCCACUCCUUACAGAAACACAGGCCUCCAUUCCAGCCAUGAACAUUCCCUCAGAUGGCGGUCUGUGAACUCAGACAAACAUCCCCGUAGUGGAUACACAGAUAUGUAGGUUUUAUAUGGUGCUUAGAGAUAGUUAUUAACAAUGAUAUUACACUCUAAGGUGUAACUUAUUUUUUAUUGUGCUUUCCAUGUUUUUAUUUUCAUUUGUAUGAAGACUCCAGUAAUGCUUUCUUGAUAUGUGACGGGCAUGGUAUGCACGAUGCUCUCUUGCAUAGGGUUUACUAAACACAGAUAUACUACUGCUCGCAGCUUCGUCCUGUCACCAACCUUGACUUACACAAACAGGGAGUAGCAUUACUCAUGUGGAUAUACUGGUCUUUCAAGCAAAGGUGGAGACAAAGCUUGUUUCUCGUUUUCAUGAUGAGUGGCAAUGAGUUAUGCGACUCUUUUUGUGCCACCAGUCAUAUUGUGUUGAUGAGGAGACUCACAGAGAGGUAUCUGCACAAGUUCAGUUCGGGGGGAAAACUUAUCUGAAACUUCAGCAUUUCAUCUCAUUUCUGGGAUGAAAAAACAUGGUGGCUGUUUACUUUUGAGGGGUUCAUGCAAGUCAUUUUACUGUUAGCUAUUCCAGUGCUGGUGAAUGCUUUUCCUUUAAAGAUUCUGUGUAAAAUGCCACAGAACUCCAUUAUAGUUUGAUAGCUUGAUUGGUUUGCUGUUGUGCUCCAGUAGGAUUAAAUCCCAUCGUAGAGGUAGGAAAUGUUAUUUAGAACAAAAAACACAAGUGCAUCUAAUGGCUCUUAGAAUAAAGCUUUUUUUAUUUACCUUUUGGGCUCCAUGACAGAACAAUCUGUUUAUUUUACAAUUGUAAAUUUGUACGUUUAUAUUGUGUAUCAUUUUGCAGCUUCGCCUGUACAGUAAAAUGACAUUCAGUGGACUCUUUUGAUUCCUUACUAAAGAAGAGGUUUUUAAAUUUAAAGGAAAAUUAAUAAGAAUUUUUCUUUUUUUUUUAAUAUAUUGCAAAUUUCGUUUUACUUGAAAACAGUGAAUAUUUAUGAGGGAUACGCAGGACUUAAAUUUUCAACUUAAAUUUAAUACCCUUUCCCUACAUUUUAAGACUGUAUCGCCACUGCAAGUUUUUACAGGUCACAUCAGCAACACACUUAAACUUACGUUUACUAUACAUUGAUUGUAAGAUAAACUCCUUGGACCAGUGUAUGAAUGCAACAUUAUUCAGAUAGACAGGGUGGGAACAAAGCACAAGAGAAUGAAUUGAGUGCAAACACAAUAUUGUUCCCUAUAACACACACACACACUUGAACUCUUUGUUAUUGGGCUACUGUACAUAGAUUCUUUAUUUUUUUUUAUGUACGUGAUGGCACAAUUAAAUGAAUUGGAGGACAAAAAUUUGAUAACAUGUACUUGUAUAACCAGUAAUUUGACCAAUAAGCUUUGAUAAAAUGUAAUACAUUAAACUUUGGUGAGCUUCAGGGGGCCGAUGUCAUUUAGGAGGUCCCUCUGAACAAAUAUCCAUCAUGGCAUGUGCACGUUAAUGCAUGAUAGAAACCAGGGACCAGAUGUUUAAACCAUGCUUGCAAACAAUAACCAUGCAUCCACUGCUUCACAUACAUAGAAUGGUAUUUCUAAAGAUAGAAUAUGUGUUGAGGGUGUACGCAUCUCAUGCAUACUUAAGACAAGGUGUAACAUGGUUUUAGCUGCGUGAGAGAUUUAAUCUUGCUUAUUUAGGCUUGCCAAAAUUGAUGAUCAGCCAUUUUUGCAGUCUACAAGGCCUUCUAUAAAAUUUCACUUAAAGAUGUUUAUACAUGUAAUUUAAAAAAAAAAAAGAUUUGAGUGAUGAAUUAUCAUUCUUUUUAUUGAAUUUUGAACCAUUGUUUCCCAGUUCUGAUUUUAUCCUAAAUCGUGAAGCAACUUGUAAAGACUGUUUCAAUAUGAGCGCCAUAAAUCUAUCAUUAAUAAUCAGAGUUUUAAUAAUGAUAAUUAAGAUGUCACCAAAAAGAUGGUUUACAUAUAGUUUCUCAGAGUGCAGCCUGUGGGCAACUGGCCCACAGAAACAUUUUGGCCAGCCCCUGAAUGUGACAUGCAAUACAUGCAUUAUAUUUCUAUUAUCUGUGGUCCAUUUCAUUACUCACUUUCAGUAGCUUACAUUUAAUGCACUACUAGGCUAUUUGGUUAGCAAGUUUAGUGGACAGAUGUUUUGUUUAAGUGUGCCUUUUCCUGUGCGGCCUUCAAUCAUAUGCUGGCUCCCUUAUUUGGCAUUCAGUAAUCCAAACUUUAGAUACCCUGGUGUAAGACAUAAAGGUUGUAUGAUUUCUGCAUUGUUUCCAUGGUCCUGGGUUGAUAUUUUGAGAGGCAGUUUUUGGUAUAUCUGUGUCUAUGCAUACAUGUUGUACCACGAUCUUCUCUGACCUGUGUUGUAAUAAACUUACAUCUUCAAGUAAGGACA